AUGUUUCAGAGUAUUAAUAGGGGUCCUGUUGAGAGUUUUAUAGAUACAUUCAAGACAAACUACAAACAUUUGAAAUCUAUUUUAUUGAAUUAUAACACAGAAAGUCCUAUAGCAGACCUAAAAUCGCAAUGUUUAGCUCUCAUAGAGUCAUAUUUAAAUGUCGAAGUUGUAGACAUACCCUUUAAAAGAGAUAUCGCCACAUUAUGUCUUAAUAUGAUACUGACUACUUCACUUUUUGAUAGUGCUUGUUUGAAGAUUUUAAAAUUAUUGCUCUCCGACCCGAAAUAUUAUGUUAAUAUUCCACAAAUAGAUCAUGUUUUUGAGGCAACCAUGAGAUUACUUAACUCCUAUCCAAAUAUUAGCGAUAAUGAUUUCCAGCGACUUUUGGUACUUUUUGACAUAUUGGAGCUUUUAAUGUUGAGCCCUUUGUUUUCAAAGAAUUUCGUACCAUUUUUGCCAAUUCUAGCAAAAUCAAUUAACAGUGACAAUAAAGGACAAAAUUCCAAAUAUCAUCUAUCACUUAUCAGAUUGACAUGCUUAUCAUUAAGGUUGUACACAUCUAACAACGUCACAUCCUAUCUCAACUAUUAUUCGUUUAUUAGUGACCUGUUUUCUCAAUUGGUAUUGAUGUCAUCAUCACCAAUGGGCUAUUCCGCUAGGUUAACACUAAUUUCUUCAAUGGGUGUUUUUGCAAAGUUUGUAUUCAAUAAGAACUUUCUAAAGACUCUUUCAGAAGGAGGUGUUUUGAACAACCUUCAUAAUAUGUGUGCUUCUGACCCUAUACAAAAUAUAGGGGUUCUUACUUUGGCAAUAGAAUGUCUUAAAAAGUUAGAUAUGGAUAGUUUUUCACAGCAGGUUUUCAACAAAUGCUCAAUGCUCAUAGAAUAUUCCUUGGUUAGUCCAAACUAUCACGUUAGAGAAAGAUGCUUCACUUUGAUUUCUGUAUUUAUUGGAUAUUUGGAAAGGUUCAUUUUAAAGCUUGACCCUGAGUAUCUGGACAAAGCAUACAAGUUUAUCUCACUGAUGUUUUUUACAACUUCGAAUAAUAUUUGGGAGUUUAGAGUUCUGAUAAAUCGAUGGAAUGACAAUGGUUUUGUAACAUAUUUUAGAUCAACAAUUAUUAUUUUGAUUGAUAUUCUUAUAAGUUGUACCAGGAUCUUGUCUGAUAGAGAUGUGGUAUCUGAUGACAACAAGCUGUAUAGUAAGAAGGGCUUAACACGUACAGAGGCUGUUGAAAUUGGUAAAACAUUCUGUUUUAUAUUGCAAAUUUCGUCGAAUGCGAAUUUGAGGAGGAUACACUGCUUGCACAGCGAUUUUGAGGGUUUUUUCUUGCAGGAAUACGAAAUAAGAGAUAUAAUAAGAUUUUCUGUGAAAUUUUUCGUUUCUUUAAAGUCGCCACUGAUUGGAAAAAUGUUUAGUUUGAUAUUACCAAUUAUAUUUUCCAUGGCUAUUUCGGAUAACUUUCUAUUUUAUGCGUUAGAGUGUUUAAGCCAUGACUUUUUUGAUUUAUUCUCUCAUAACUACCUGUCCUUUAUUAUUCUUUUGUUAGAAUCUGAAGGUUCACUGGUAGAAUAUUUGAAAAAAAUUACAAACUAUAGCAGAGGUGUUCUGGGAUAUUAUAUGGAUUCAGGUCUUCACGAAAGCAAUUCUUUGAACAUUUUAGAACAUGGAUUAUUGGAUACAGCUAUACUAGAUCGCAUAUCUAUCGUUAUCCCAACUAAUACCGAAUCUAUAAGAUAUAUAAGGGAUGAUAUUAAGGAUUUACUACAUUCACUUCUUUCUUUCCCUUUCGAUUCAACAUGCGCUAUGUUAAAACAUUCGAUUUCGAUAUUUAGAAAUAUAAAUAUGGCAGAUAAUUCUGGUAUUGUUUAUGAGAAUUUAGACUCCGUUAUUUUGAAGUUUGCAAACAAAAUAUCAAUAGAGGGUGUACAUUUAGAUUGGAUUGAGCUUUUUCUUGUGGUAUCUGCUAAAGGUCCAUACACCUCAAGUUUCAUUUCAAAAUGUUCAAAACUAUUGUUCCCAAUUCUGAUAGGUUCGAACACAAAAUUAGUAACUACAUCUCUGGAACUAUUGGAAUCAUGGACAGACAAUUUUCCUAUUGAUGAGUUAUACAAAAUAUUAUCCUUGGCAAAGAUACACUCAUCAUACACCAUAAAGCCACAGUUUAUAGAAUGCAUUUCGCGGUUUUUAAUUGACAAUAACCUUCCUGAUUACGAGGUGAAUUCAAAGAUUGCAUCUAGGAUAUUCUCUAAAUUUGGUCCACAUUCAUUAAAUUUCUUAUCUGAAUUUCCGAUUGACCAGUCUUAUAAUUUUUCUCUUGCUCUUCCGUUAGGCACUGGUGUCUCUAAUUUACGUACGAAUCCAAUAUCUUUACCUGUACAUGAUGGAUUGAGAUGUAUUAUUCGCCUAAUGAAUAAAAAUGACACAAACAUGAUGGAGUUGGAGGCGUCUUCUAGGUUUAUUUUGACGGUUUUAGCCCCAAUAAUGGAUUACAGUACUUCUUUGUCUAGUUUUUGGUUAUCUUUCAUUUCUGAGAAAAGAUGUAUAAAUCUUCCAAAUUUUACAUCUUGUGAAGAUGUAACAGAUUUUAUUAAUCUUCUUGUUUGUGCUUUUGUUAAGGUUUUAGCUAGGCAUACAGAUAUUUCUGUGAACAACUUAUCUAUGAACGAUGGAGAUUGUAACACGCUGAACAAUUCUCUAAAUGACAUUUCUCUCUUGAGAAAGGCCCUCCUGAAUUAUAUUGUUUUACUUUAUUAUGGCAAUAUGGAAGGUUCCGUUGAAAAAACGUUUGAUCCAUCAAUCCUUAUAGAGGCUUUUGCAUCCAGGUUGAUUUAUAUUUCUGACAAAGAGAGCAUUUUAUUAGGAGAUACUGUUCAUCCAAUGGAGAACAAAGUAGCUUCCGAUUUUUUUUCAGACUUAUUUGACCUUUCAAUAUCCGUUCCUAACAUUCUGACAACAGGCAAUUCUGACACUUUUCCAAAGGUACAACUUGGACAUGACGGAUUGCCAGUUAUAAUUAUGAAUAUUCUAAUUUUACAUUGUAAUUCAAAGGAUGAGAGGAGAGGUGCAGGAGCAUGUAAACUUAUAAAAAAAUUAUCUGAUGACAAGCCAGAUUUUGUGAAGCCGUUUUUUCCUGAAAUUGCUAAUGCCGCUUUGGAGAUUGCUGAAUCGAAAUAUUUUCAAGUUUCGGAGGAAUUAAUAUUGUCAAUUACUGCUAGUAAUAAGGAACAGAUGUCUAAGUGGAGCCUUACCUUGCUGGACCAUCCUAAUCACAGAAUUAGACAUAUAGGACUCUUGUGUUUGGAAAGUAUAGAUACAUUGGGGGAGUUAUCACAGAGAGUAGAAUCUUUAUUAAACGAAUCCAUUUAUCCAGAUGUUCUUGUACAUUUAUCAAUUGAAACAUAUAGUUCUGCGCAUAUCGAAGUAGCUAUCAAGAAUAUAGUCAAGUCUAUUCGUAAAUUGGAGGAUAUAGAUACUUCAUCAUUGGACAAAUCUGAGAAUCUACUUUACUUAUCACUAACAAAUGACCUUUUAACUAGAGAGGAACACAAAGAAUUGAUAAAUAACGUAGAUGAAGAAGUCAUUGACGCCUUAUUGAUUUCUCUUCUUGGACUCAUGAUAGUUUCUGCUGAGGAUAUUACCUGUGAAGCGAAAAAAGUCCUGGAAAAUUCAAAAAAUGUAACGGUUAGACCAAAAGUUGUUUCAAGGGCGCUUGAACCGUAUAUAAUACAACUGCAAACUAUUUUUGAUUAUAAUCUACUUAUGAGGAUUUUGAACGUUGCAAAUAUGUAUAAGGUAAACUUGGAUUAUUCCCUGAGGGAAUCUCUUAUAAACAUAGCAAGAACUGUUGUUGAUGGACAGAUGCACCCUUCUUCAUGUUCCGAAUACAGAAAUGUUCACUUUAUAAACUACAUAAAAACUUUAGUUGAGUUGGGAGCAGGUAAACCAUGUUUGGAUCUAAUUUUUGAUAGGUGGUUGGAAUUUUUUAAUUAUGGUAGCAGAGCCAUAAUUCCCGGAUCAUUAUUUUUAUCAGUUUGGAGGUUAUUUGAAUCGAUUGGUGAUUUACACGGAAUCUACGACCGUCUUGUUAAAAAGCGAUAUCUGAUGGAUUUCAUAUAUUUCACUGAUGCGUCAGUUUUGAAACUUUUUGUUCCAUCGAUUCCUUCUUUGCUAUCAGAUGACACUAGUGACACUUUAUUCCAACUAUUGCACAUUAUCCAGUGGAUUGUACAUACAUCUCCAGCUGGAAUUCCACCAAAGGAUUUGAAAGCCAUACUUAGAUCUCUCUCCAAGCUUUCUAAUUCAGAAUCUAUACACUUCGAACAACCUUUUAGCUCAUUUGAUUGGGAUUAUGAUAGAAUUCUGGGAACAAAAAUUUCCAACAUCUCUUACUCGAUCCUUGAAAUGUCUUAUAAUAUUUGUGACUCUAGUACUUUGGCUGAGUUUAGGGGAUCCAUACACUAUCUUGCUAGGCAUUCAGAAUCAUCUAUAGAUGGUAUGAUAAAUACGGAUUUGGAUAUUUAUAAAGAACUUGUACUCUACAACCCGGUAUAUGCAUUUUCAUUCACUAGCCGGGAUACAAAGCUGAUAAGAUUGUCUAUAUGCCUUAAUAGUGAGUCAUUUUUUCCACAGGUGAGUGAACAUAGAAUGCUUCUUGGAGAUAUUGUUGAUUUAUCUUGGGACUUUUUGUUGCACGGAAAUAGCCUCCAAAAGUUAAUGGCGAUUUAUUGUUUGACAAAAAGUGUCUCUCUAUUCGGAAUAUCACCUGUUGGUGUACUUUCCCUUUUCAAGAGAUUUAUAGACUUGGUAGCGUCAUACGAAAUUCAUAUUUUGUUAAAUAUGAAAGAUACAUUUUCUCUGGAUUUUCUUAGAGAUCACCUUUCUGAACUUCCGUACGGUAAUAAUCUAUUUUCCCUCAUAUAUACAACAGCUUCUAUGCUAAUUCUACCACUAUCUGGAGUAGCUACACCUAAACAACUUUGGGAGGAAAUACCUGAAAUUAAGUAUGAUGAAAGCGUUGAAUAUCCUAUUUGGGUUUGGUUUUUUAUGAAAAAGAUAAUUUCGACCGAGGGAAAACUAAAUCUAUUUAUACCUCUUGUAGCCUCUAUAAUACCCUAUAUAGGUGGAUAUUCGGAUUUAGUAAGGGUAUUUAAAGGAUUUUUUGACGACAUUUUGAUGUUAAUAGGGAAUGGAUCACCAGAAAAUCCAAAUCAUUGGUGUUGUUAUCAUUUAGAAGCAUUUUUUGGAAUUUUAUCAGCAUUUGACAGAGCAAAUAUAGAGAUUGAUGAUAGGUUAAUAUCAUUCAAUUCCUCCAAAAUACUUUUGUUCUCUUUGGUCCAUAAUGUUAAUGUAGACCAUUUGUUAAGGUUUGAAGAUGUAUUCUUUAAGUAUUUUUUAAAGUUCUAUCCAUUUGAAGCUAUGGAUUGGAUCAUGAAGUCAAUUACACUUAUUAACUUGAAAAAAGAUAUGAUAUUCACAAUACCCAACAUUUACCAGAUUACAUUUACGUUAAAUGGCUAUGAACCGGGACAAAAUUUGUCAUCAGAGUAUAUAAGUCUCUACAAUGAUUUACAACUAAAGAAGGUAUAUAAAACUGAAUAUAACUGCAGUUUAAAAAAUAUUUGUUUCUACAAGGUUGCUCUUUUUGUUGUUAGAACCAUAAAUAAACUCUUAGACCAUCUUAAUCCAAAAUGUUUCGAGUUGAAUGAUCUCGUAGGUAUUUUCUCCAAGUUAUGGCCAAUAAGAUUUUCUUUGGUGUCCAUAGAAUUUCAGAAAUGUCUUUACAAACUGGGUACACUAUAUUUUGAGCAGUUCGGGUUAUUUUGUGAUAGUAUAUCUACUGAUUCUACAGUACAGAAUGUAGAAAAAUCUUUUAUUGGGUGGCUUAGCACUUGUAUUAGAGAAGAGGUAUCAUCCCUGUCCAAAAAUUACCAAAGUUAUGAUGAUCAUGCUGGAAUCACAGUAAAUGAUGAUACAGGAUUAUCUGCUGUGAAUUCUGAUUUAGGUACUGAUUUAAAUAAACUUGGAAGUAAAUCAUACCUUAAUAUCUCUGAUAUUAACAGUAAGUAUAUACCAGGAACAUCCUUUUCAACAGCCAUACGGUCAUUAAUGACAAUUUACAAGGUUUUUUUGCCUAAUAGGGAUCUUCUAACCACUAUAGUUCAGUCCACAUUGCCUGGAUUCCUUGAAGCAUUGUUAACUAUUUUAAAACUUAACACCGACAAAAAACACAUUAAUGCAUUUUCGGAAGGUAAAAUAAGAGUCCAAAAUUCAGUCUGGUUGUUACCACCAGAAAGAGAUAUAUGGGAUGUAGUUCAAAUUGAGAAUGGUCUUCUGGUGGAACAUGAUGGUGGGAGAAGAUUAGACCAACUAAUUUCAUUAGCAUCUGUUGCUCUGCCACUAUUGGAUGAAAAUUCCCAAUCUGUAUUUUUGGAAAUCGUUUCAAUUAUUUUUGAUAACUCAUUGCAUCCAUAUAGCAACAAACUUCUACACAGCAUUUCUGCAACAUUGUCAUAUAUUGCACCAGAGUUAGGAUUUGGAGUGUUGGGGGAGGAAUACAAUCAAACGUCUGAAGACCAGCCUAUUAUAUGCAUGAAUACUAAUGCAAACCCAUUCAGAAUAGUUUGUGUAGAUUCAGAUUUAGAGGGGUGUAUUUCAGAAGAUCUCAUAAGAGAGAUUUUUGAUUGUGAACAGACAAACGACUAUCCAAAUGCACUUUUAGAGAUGGAUCAGGGGAAGGAAGUGGAGGUUACUUUACAAUAUGCUGAUUUUUCAGCCAAGAAAAAGAAUAAGUUCAAGUUUAUACCAUUCGAGACUUUAAUUAAUUCUGUUGGAGAUAUUUCAAAGUUGUACAUUAAUGAAUCUCAAAAUGAUCUUCUUUUUAGGAUACUACUAUCUAUGAAGGGACUAUCAAAACAUCCAAGGCUUUCCAAUAAUUUUAACAAACUUUGCAUACUCUCUAUGGAUAAUAUAGAGGGAGUUGAGGAAGCGUUACAGAGAAAAUUUGUUACGCACAUAUCGACCAUAAUUAAGAAUUAUCCGGAGAAUUUUGAUUACUACAAGUAUAUAGAAACACAAGAUUUACAUUCAUCACUUUAUUCUGCGUUUUCGCCGAGCCAUAUUUUAGAAUCAAACGACGUUUUUUAUAUUCCCAUGUUUUUGGAUGCUGUAUAUCCCCUUUUUGUGAAAGAUUGUGAGGUAGCGGUUUCACAAGAUUAUCCAAAACUGCCCGCACUCUUCAGUUCAUCAAGAAGCAACUCAAACAGAAUAAUUGAUAUGAUUUGUGAUCAUAAAAAUGGUGAUUUUGUUAAAAAAAAUGUUUUGUUGCUGCGGGAAUUCAGAAAGAUGCAGCUUGUACAGAAGCUCCAAGUUGCUGAUGUUGAUAUGGAUGAUAAUCUAGAUUCUUUGGAAUUUUCUGAUGAUGAAACAAAGGAUAUAAACAAUAUCCUCCACAUUAUUGCUGACUUUAAUGUGCAAUAUCUUCUAAAGUAUAUAAAAUGUGGGUAUGUUCUGGAUUCUAUCCGUGGAUUGUGGCACUUUGAUAGACACUUUGCCUCUAGAGUUUGGGUUUCUGUAUUUCCACAGCUAUACUCCCUUUUAUCUGAGCAACACCAAUCAAACAUUUCAACAUCCCUACGCCUUUAUAUGUCUAGGAACGAGCAUUUGACAAAUAAAAGUGGUACAUUGCGAGUGAUUUUGACUGCAACAUUAAAUUGUUAUCCUCCAAUAACCAUAGCCCCCGAAAUUUUAAAACAUUUGGCGCUAAAUUUUGGGUGUUGGUACGAAUCCAUAUAUCAACUCGAGAAGCAGAUUUUAUCGCAGCCUUUGGACAUUACACGUAUAUCAACUGUUCUCUCUGACUUACUCGAUAAACUGAACUUGGACGACCUUUCAAUCGGAGCUACUAGAACGUGGAAUAUUACUACAGAAACUAGGUUGGCAUUAUGCUACUACCAGCAUUCACAUUGGAAAAGGGCACAAAGAGAAUUUAACAUUAUUAUGGAUUCUCUUGUACUUACUGGCCAAACUGCAGAAACUGUUUCUGGAUUUGACGAAUCUAAAGUCUGGUACAACGGAUGGGUGCAGUGUACCAAACAACUAUCUGAAUGGAACCAUAUUAGGGAUGUUUCAUAUGCAGCAGGUGAUCAGAAAUUGUUCAUGCAGGCAAGUUCCGCUCUACAUGAUUGGACGGGUACAGAUGAUACAGUAUGGAAAAAUGAACCUUUUUUCUGGUGUUUAGACAAUGCAGAAUAUCUUAUAAAUAGAAUAAACUAUAAAUUUCAUGCGGCUACAUUACCGUUUAAGCAGAUUCCUUCGAACACUACUCCUGGCUUCUUUGUAAAUGAGUCCAGGUUUAUGAAAAAAUUAGUUAGCGAUGGAGAAGGAUAUGUUUUGGAUUCAUGGUUUAGGUUUCCCGGGAGAUUAUGUGAAGCCCACCAGAGUUCGAUUCGCCUAGGACAGCGUCUCUUGGAAGUUGAUGAGAGUAUAAAAUAUGUUUCUAGGGCACUAUUUUCUUUGUAUAAGGGUGUACCGAUAGAAGAUAUUUCAAUAUUAAACAAAUGGAGGAAACGGUUACCCAGAAAGUCAGAUCAGCCAACAAUGUGGCAUGAUGUAUUAUCUUGGCGUAUCUUUGUCUAUUCAACAAUAAGAUCUAUAUUCACAAGUAAUCCUGUCAUGUCAAAGGAUCUUAAACAAAGCAUAAUACUUACUGGCCAAGACUAUCCGUGGACUAUGGCAAAAUAUGCUUCUAUAACCAGACAUUCACAUCAAUUACCACUAACAGCUUCAGUUUUGCUACAUAAAGCCCAGAAGUUCCUAUUAUCUAUUUUAUCAAAGAAUAAUUUAAUAGGGGAGGAUUAUUAUGCAAUAAUUAUAGAACGAUUGAAACAGUAUCUCGCGUUUUCCAUGAACAUACCUGAUGCACUCAAGAAUGUUAUCACGUUUGAUUUUGAAAAACUUCCUAAUAGAGGAUUUGAAACACUUAAAUCCCACGUUGUUAGACUCAAGGCAGAAGCAAUAAAUCGCAAUUCUAAUUUCGAAUCAAAUAAGAGGCAAAUUCCAUUGGAUUUGGAUACUCCAUGUAAAUAUAUGCUUGAAGCUCUUAAGCUACAGCCUUUACUCUCCAAGAACUGGAUAAUUUGGGCUAAAUUUAAUGAUAAUAAGAUAGAUCACACUUCAGUUGCAAAGUGGAAGAACUUAGAAGCAACGUUCCCCAAAGAAUUCUUUGAAAGUGCAAUAACUGGAUAUCUUACUGCAGUUUCCAUUAGACCAGAAACACAUUGGCUACUAAUAAAACGUGUACUCGUUUUGUUAGGUGAGAUACAUCGUGGAGGUGGAGGAGUGAGUGAAGUAUUUAAAAAAUUUGGGGAAAGAGUGCCCACUUUCAUUUGGUUGUUAUGGUUGCCUCAACUUAUAUCACGGAUACAUAGGGUGGAUAGCUUGGAAAUUCAGCAUAUCUUAAUGAUUUUGAUGAUGAGAGCACCACAACAAGUGUUUUACUCCCUGAGAUGUGAAUAUCUUUCGGAAAUGUCUAGAAGCGGAUCUGAGUCCCCAGACUCAAACAGUGUUAAGAGGAUCUUAGCUUCUAUUCUAUCUUCCAAUCCAUCAGUUGGUACCGUUCUGGAGUCCUUUGCAAAUACAAUGAACCAGCUUGGGAAACCUGAUAUGGUUGAUGAAAUUCUUUGUGCAGCUGAAACAAUUUUUGAGGAGUGUCUUGAUCUUCCAUUCAAUGAAAAGAUACCCGCACCAAUGUUGAGAUGUUUGACCACAAGAAUGCCCCAAAGAUGUAGCACAGACAAUGAGAAUCAUUCUGAAACAUCUCGGCUUAGUAUUGUGAUGAAGGAGUUCGCUGACUAUUUCAGAACAGAUUCUGGAGUAAUAACGUGUGGAGAGACAAUGAACAAAUUAUUGGAUUUGAUCACUAGCCUGAACUCUUUUGCAACAAGUUCCAACUAUUUAAAGAUCAGGGAACAAUUAUAUAAUAAAAAUGCAUACCAAUUUUGCCAAAGAUUAAGGAUUUGUAAUCUUUCACUUCAACUACCUACAUUGCAAUAUCAAAAUUGCUCGUUGGGCGGAAAGAAGGCUGUUUGUUUUGGAGAGCCUUGUAAUAUAGUUUCAAUUAGCCCAAAAAUAUUGAAGAGGAAACGUAGAAAUCACAUAAUAAAGUCCAUUGUUAUACUCGGAAGUGAUGGUCAAAAGCAUGUUUACUCUCUGCAUCCGUUGACACUACAGAAUCAAAAAUCUGAGCAACAUUUAUUCCAGAUGGUGAAGCUUAUGAAUACAUAUUUAUUAAAGUACAAUGAAACUAGAAGGAGGAACAUUAUACUCCCUGCAACAAACAUUGCUUCUUUGGAUCCAUAUGUAUGUCUAAUGGAGGACGAUAUCAGGGAUCAGACUCUUUCAACAAUUUUCUCAAAUGCUAUUUCUCUUGAGGAUUUUAUUGAAUAUCCCAGUGAAUCUUCUGCCUCAUCUCAGGAAAAUAUAUCCAAUCUCACAAACAACUGGAACAAUGCGCAUGAGGAUACAACUCUUCUGUUGUUGGUUUUACAUAAAAUGUUAUUGGAAUGGAAUGUCACGAAAAAACUAUCAGAAUGUUGGAACAAGUACAAUUCUGUAAACGUGGAUAAUUUGUCUUUCACUCAGGUUUAUCAGCUAUUUAAGGAAAAACAAUACCCAUGGUUUGUAACAUGGUAUAAGAAGAUACAUCAGGACGUCCUUCAGGAUGCAUAUAACCAGCUGUGUGAUAUUGUUCCUGAUAACAUUCUAGUUAACUAUGCACUAAAAUUGUACAAGGAUUAUCAGUCUUUUGUUCAAUUCAGGAACAAGUUAUCCAUAAAUUAUGCUAGUCAGGCUAUUUUAAGCCUAAUGUUUGCAACGCCAUAUGCAACUCCUUCAAAAUUAUCAUUUAACUUCCGCACCGCGACAGUAAAACAGUUUGAUUUUAGUUUGAACUUUUCUCGUGACUUUUUCGUUGAGUUCUCGAAAAUAAGGAUUUUUAGACUUACAAGAAAUGUUAUGAAUUUGAUCGGCUCAGUUUGUAGACUUGGAACUCUUCCUGCUGUUAUUUUUGCAUUCUCUUCUUGCAUGCAUAAAUUCAAAAUGGAUGUAAAUACAGCACUAACAGCAAUAUUUGCGGACGAAUUUUUACAUUUAGGAACUGAAACAAAACCUAUGCAGCAGACCUCUGGAAAUGCAGAGAUGUCAGAAACUAAUGAUAACCAGGAGAUGAUAAACUUGCCUAACAAUGCCAUUGGAGUAAACAGUCAAGCUUCAAUUAAGGUUACACCUUGUAUGCAACAAACUGUACAACCUACUCCAGGGAAACCAGAAGUCACCCCUUUGGAUGAAUAUAUAAACAGGGUCGUCAGUUAUUGUUCGUAUCUAAGAUCCCCUCUAGACAAUGAGAACUGUAACGUGCCUAUAAAUUACAUUGUAAAAUGCAUAAUAGAUGCAUCUACCGAUUCAAGCAUGCUAGGAAAACUCAAGACUAGCUACCAACCAUGGUUUUAA